CGAGUAGUUGGUCAGUUAGUAAUUUAUAAGCGAAUAUUUAAAUUAAUUAAUCAAGAAAGAAACAAAUUAACAAAAUAUAUUACAAAUAAAUAUAUGACAUAAACAAAUAAACUAAAAACAUGAAAUAAUCGUUAAUCGUGUAACUACGUUUGUGUUAAAUUAAAACUCACUAUGUGCCUUUAAGUGAAAAAAAAGAAAAACCCCCAUAUUGGCUUACAAAAAAAGAAAUUUAAAGCAAAUAAUUACAGUGCAAAAUUUUUUAAUCUCAAAUUCAUAAGAAAUUUUACUUUAAAAAAAAAAGUAAAAUGUUUAAGUUAUACUUAAGUUCUUUGUCAUUUUUAUUACUCAUCUUUUGUUUUAAUACGCAACAUCUUCAAAUUCCCCCUGUGGCUUGUCCCAAUUAUUUUCAAUAUUUCAUUGAUAAUUCACAGUACGUCGGAAAGAUCUCGAUACCCACAGUAUCGAAUAGUAUAGAGUUGUUGGUGUAUUUCAGUCAGAAGCAACCAUUGCAAUCGAAUUACUAUGGCCGGAUUUCAUUGGAAAGUAGAAAUCCUAUUAUAUAUCGGGUGGAAUUUCCCUCUCCCAACGAAGUGCCUAAGUUGACCAAAAUAACAGUCAAUGGUCAGGAUAUUUGCAUAUCAAAUGACUAUGCAGCUCCCAGUACACGUCUCUUUUUAAACCACAAAUUAAAAGUAACCACACAAGCAUUAUCCAGUACCAUGCCCCAAAUUCUAACACAGCAAUACCCCUUUAACACACAAACAUUUCAACAGUUUCCAACGUCUGUUAUACAGGUGCAACCCACACGAGAAGUAGCACAGUUUUCACAAACUCCAACGCAAAUAUAUGACAACAAAUUUGGAUCUACGGGCUCAGAAACUCAAACUUUAGACCAACCAGUGAGAGCAAAUGCCCAAUGUGGUCUCGGCAAUACGGUAACGGCCUUUGUAUUCGGAGGCGAUGAAGUAAUGCGUGGUGAAUUUCCUUGGUUAACAGCCAUUUAUGUUAAGUCAGCCGGUUUGCGAUUCUUAUGUGGCGGUUCGUUGGUUUCCUCCAGGACAGUGGUUUCGGCAGGUCACUGUUUUAAAAUUGGAAGCGUAACAGCCAGUCGUUUGGUUGUGAAUUUGGGUAGACACAAUUUAGAGGAUUUCAGUGAGCAGGGCUUUGUCACCAGGGAAAUAGAGAACCUCUUAGUUCAUCCUGAAUAUAAUUCGAAUCUGUUUCCGGAUGCCGAUUUGGCAGUGCUACAUCUUAAGCAACCAGUGCAAUAUUCAAAUGCAAUACGCCCUAUAUGUUUAUGGGCUGACAACUCCGACUCUAAUUAUAUAGUGGGUCAAGCUGGCGUAUUGGCCGGCUGGGGAGCAGACGAACUGGGCCGCACAUUUACUCCGGUACCCAAGAAGGUCGAUACCAAAAUAGUAAGUGACGCCGAAUGCCUGCGCUCUUCGCCCGCCUACAAUAUGCUGACCUCACCACGCACCUUUUGUGCUGGAAAUCGUGAUGAUACAGGUCCCUGUAUGGGAGACUCAGGCAGUGGCCUGAUGAUCAGCCGCAAUGGCCGCUGGUAUUUGAGGGGCAUAGUAUCGGCUGGCCAGACAAAAGAUCGUAAAUGUAAUUUACAAGAAUUCGUGGUUUUCUGUGAUGUGGCAAAACAUAUGCAAUGGCUACAAAAUAAUUUAGUUUCGUAGUUUUAAAAUUAUGUUUAAUUAACAAUAAACAAAAUACUUAUAAAUAUAUUUAUUAAAUAUAACUUAAGGUACUAUCAGACUACAUGUAUUUUACAUAUGUACCGUCAAAUUUUCUAUCUGUAAAAGUUGUACACAUCGUCUGA